CCAUCUCUAACGAUGUGUAAGGAUAUUGAGUACCAAAAGGUGACUCUCCCCAACCCACUCAACUACACUCACACCACGGUAGAGAAGAUUCUGAACUCUGCGAUAUUCAGCGACCUCAGCACCCUGGCAAACUCCGGGUGUCAUCCCCGUGUCAGGGACUUCGUCUGCGCCGUUACUGUGCCGCGAUGCGAGUCCAGGUCCAACGUCACACAGCAGCUUCCCUGUCGGUCGUGGUGUGAAGAAGUGCAGUACUCGUGCAGCAAAGAAGCCUCCUGGUCAGCUAUUCCCAGCUGUAGAAUUUUCUCAGGCGACAACUGCAACAACAUCAUGCCUUCCAGAACUACAGAGGGUGAGCUGUGCUUUGACGGAAACGGUGCGAAUUAUAGAGGGGACGCGGCCAGAGGUCCUCUAACAGGGUUGGCAUGUCAGCCAUGGAACGAUGACCAUUACUACAUGGAGGUGUAUCCAUGGGCAAACCUUGUAGGAAACAAAUGCCGUAACCCCGAUGGCAAAUCCAGACCAUGGUGCUAUACAUCUCAGGGAAUGGAGUUCUGUGACAUCUUUCCCUGCAACCUGAGAGGAUGCAAAGAUCCGGGAAACCCUCGCUUCGGAACAAGGAACCCAAAGCUGAAGUUCUACUGGCCCGGGGACAGAAUCACGUACAGCUGUGACGUGGGCUUCAAAUUUGCGGAGAACUCCCCACCCAGCAAGUCCCGAUGUGGUGUCAAAAAUGUGACCGAGGAGCCCGACUGGGAAACAGACAAAGCACAGUGUCAACGCGAUUACAUCUGGCAUCUUAAACAUGAUCUUAUCCUGAACUCGCGUAUCUACAAUAAGGAAGUAUCUGCGACAUCAAGCUUGGAAGCGAGGGCAUACGUUGUUAAAAUCAUCAAUUUGGAUGAAAAAGAGGAGCAGAUAGUAACCUCCUUCAAAGCUGAAUACAUCUGGAUAGACGAGAGACUGUCCUGGGAUCCUGCGGAUUAUGGAGGGUUACAUCAUUUCCACAUCCGUGACGAUCUAGUCUGGAAACCAACGUUGGCACUACAGGGAAACGCGGAUACAAGAUACAGUGGCGGAUUCCCUGCGACAGAAGUAGACAUUGCUAACACCGGUGAAGUCGUCUGGCCGGUAGAGUCGCUGGCUAGAACCACGUGUGACCUGGACCCCUUCCUCUUCCCGCAGGACAACAUGACGUGCCCUGUGUGCUGGAAGGCUGUGGGGGAGUACACAAUAGAGUGUUCAGAUCACGAGAGUCACGAAGACGAAAACUUCCUGACUUGCCAUAAUGACAAAGAAGCUGUUGAGGAUGGGGAGUGGAGUGGCAUAGCAAUCCUCUCAGCCACUGACAACACGGCCUGUCUGACGAUAAAACUAAAACGAGAUCCUACCUACCACUUCUCUACAACCAUCUCUCCCUGCUUCAUCCUCAUCAUCCUCAUGGUCAUCACCUUCAUCAUGCCCAUUGACAAAGGUGACAGGAUCGGGUUCGGCGUUACUGUGCUGCUGGCUAUGGUGGUGUCAUUGGUGGUCAUCACAGGAUUCCUCCCCGUGUCAAGUACUCUACCGUUCAUAGCUUUGCUGAUCAUUGUGUGCAUGGCUUUGAUGGCGCUCUUCAUGCUGACAACUGUCUUCAUCAUCAUCAUACACGACAAGAAGGGACCCGUUCCGAAAUGGGCGCGGACACUCUUCUUGAAACACUUAGCAAGGGCCCUGAUGAUGGGGGACUUGACGAAGAAGCUGAAAAAUGAGACUCAAACAGACUACACUUACAGCAAUGUGGGAAUGGUCAACGGAAAACACACCAAAGACUCCUUGAUGUUUGAAAAAGACUUCGUCGGUGCAGAAGGCAAGUUACCCCGUAAAGUGAAGGAUGAGGUCGGUGAUAUCAUAGGAGUUAAGCUGGAUGAGCUGAAUAAUGUCGUUAAGAUGAAACUGGAAGAAAUAAAGCGCUCCAUCGAUGUUCUGGCAAAGGCAACUAGUGGUCAUGAUGAUGAAGAAGUUGCAGAGUACGUUUUGUUGGCCCAUGUCCUGGACAGGAUGAGCCUAGUGCUGUACAUCUUCGCCAUUGCCGUUGCCGUUCCCUGUACUCAGUUCAUUAGUCACUAAUGAGUACUCACUCAUUCAAUCACUCACUCACUCACUCGCUCGGUCACUCACUCACUCACUCAAUCACUCACUUGCUCGGUCACUCACUCACUCACUCAUUCACUCACUCACUCCUCACUCACUCUCACUCACUCACGGCAUCACUUACCCGUAAAAGUGGACACGUUUCAAAACCAACGUUUUCUAAAUGUCUCUCUAUGUCACAAUGGUUAGAUUAAUUACAAUACCAAUGGUAUUCAUUUGUAAAGUACCUAGGUUGUGUGAACAAAUCACAAGCCUUUAUAUAUAUACAAUAAUUCUAAUUAUUAAGCCUUAACUUCAUAAAUAUGAGUAAGUAUAAAAGAAACCCGUUUAAGACUUGUACGUUGUAAGUUAAGAGAUUUUCGUCUCAUGACUACGUUUAGCUUUAUAAAAGUGCCCUUAAAGCUGUCCGUCCAACAUCCGCUGAGAUAUAGGUCGUUUCUUUGAGUUUGGAACUACGGAACCUGAUUUCAAUUAAGUGGGUUGAAUAUGUCAAACUACGUUAUGGGGUGCCACUAAAUUAUCAUCAUAUUUUGUAAUACUAUAGACUAGCAAAGGUCCUUUUUAGGUGAUAAGGUAUGUUACGACACCUUUUUCUAUGUAAUGUCAUCUGACGACAUGAUAUCAAUUUUAGAUGCUUUGUUGUGUUCUAUUAUGCUGUGAUUUGGUUAAGUUUUGAUAUGAUUUAUCUGGUUUUAUUUCACUUGUUUCCUAUUUUCAGAAAUUAGAAUUCAUUAUUGCUCAAUGACAAAAUAAGAUUCAGAAAUACAUUGGGAAGUGGGGUAAAUUACAUAUUGUUCUAUCUAGUUAAUUUCCAUUAUUUUCUUGUACAAUGAUAGGGGUACUCACGGCAUUUUAUGAUAAUACUCUUUGUUCUUGGAUUUUAAGUUUCAGUUUUGUUGUUACACAUGUGCCUUUAUUUUCUGUAUGUUU